ACCACGUUUCACAUUAAGGUGUCAAUUGAGCUGCAGGUAAUUUCCACACGUGCAUACUUUUCGGAAAUUUUUACGCUUUUACGAUUCAAGUUGCACAAAUUUUAAAAAUGAAAAUUCUAUACCUCUUCGUGUUGUUGGGCGUAUAUUUUCAAGGCACUCGGUCUGAAAUGAUAACCGAGGGGACAAAACUGGACUGGGUUUACCAUCGGGACGGGAUUUCGUACCAUAUGACUUCCAACAUGACGGCACCGCUGAACGCCACGAUUCGACAACGGUUCAAUGUCACGACGACAACGACGCCUCAUCUUAUCACAAGCUUCUCUCUGGAUGGGAGCAAUUACGUUUCCCUUGUCAAUGGCAGUCUGGGCGUGAGCACUGACCCGGUACAAAAUUUCACCAUGAGCCCAGUAAAUAAUUCGGAAAGCCGGUUCCAUCUUCUGUAUAAUGGAGAGCCGCUAGUUUCACGAUGGACGACACCACCAUUCGACUUCUUCCUGCAACGGCAUUAUCCUGACGAACCACCGGCAGUUUUUGAGCUGUUGGAGUACACAUUUCAUCUCAGCAGUUCUUAUCAAGAUCUCAGACAAAACGUGCUCCCCACCCUAAAGGAGAUUUCAAGACUGACCCCAGUAUCCGCCAGAGUUGAUCCCUUCACUGAAAUGAUCGAAGCCAUGUUUCGCAACCAACACGUCUACAACGGUUCCGAGAUCUUUAUCGCUGGAUCUUACAUUUCAUGGAUACCCGGCUACCAGAAUCUCAUCCCCUUUCUAAUUCUUCCACCACAAGUUAAAUUAAUUACGCUAACGCAAGACUGGGACAAUUCUCCCUAUUUGCGUCUCUUUGUCCAUGACGCCAUCCCGAUCGCCGACCAUCUCGGGCUACUCACCCCUCGACCCAUCCCUCCUUUAUUGGUAUUCGUCAGUGACCUCUUACCCUUUAAUGUCAUGUCAACUCGGGGAGAAUUUUGGCUCAUGAAUGAUUUCAACGAAAUAAUCUCAUCCACGGAGGGUUCAAAUUUUGAUUUUCAUCUAACGUCCCGCAGCACGUUUCACAUUUACUGGAACGGCAUGAAUCCCGGGUACAUCAGAACGACCAACUUUACGAACGACACGGUUAAACUCUGUGCAUGUGGAACAGGACCUCCCGCAGAAUUUUAUGUUACUUCGUAUGAGGUCGAUAUGCGGAUGUACGAGAGAAAAGAAGAUGCUCCAGAGAUGGCAUAUUUGAUCAAGCUUUUCGGCGAAGCCAGACUUUUCACAGAGUUACUGUCCGUCAUGGCGGAAAAGGAGCAGUUUUGGGGCAAGGAGAUAUUUGCGGUUGCGUCGCACAUCGCUCCAGAAGAUGAGGCGAUUAGUUUUUUACCUGAAACUGUACAAUUAAUAAAUUCGCUGGGUUCUAACUUGACCUGGACGUAUAUCCGCGGAGAUGGAGAGGAGUAUCCUAUGCAGCAUUAUUGGGCAAGUUUUCCUCAAAAUGAGACGGAAAAGUAUUCAUUCUACGUAAGGGCGAUCAAUUGGAGUCCGGCAAAGAUGGCGAUUCUGUACGGGAACGGGGGCGAGGGUCAGAUGUACAGAAUUUUUGUGGCGAAUAAUCAACUAAUGGAAGAGUUGUGGUUUGGACCAGAGUUGUGGCAUGAUCUUGAGUUAAGUUUGUCUCGGGAUUUAAGUACGAUUCAGAUUUCAAAGGAUGGUUUGACUUUAAUGAGUAAUGAGACUGUGCCGGAAUUUUACUUUAAUACGAAUGGAUUUGGUGAGGGGGCUAAUUUUAGAAUUAGUCGGUACUCUGGUAGUUUAGAAUAGAGACGUAUUUGAAAUUAUGUAGUUGUUUGAAUCGAUUGAAACAAAUAAAGGUAUGGCGAUUAUGAAACGAA